CAGGUUUACUAAACUGUUUGUGCCGGAUAUGUUACAGGUUUACUCUGUUGACCGACAAACUCCAGACUCGGCGGCCACGGCCACUGCCCUGAUGUGUGGUGUUAAGACUAACAACGGCGUGCUUGGUGUCAAGGAAACAGUUCCAAAGGAAAACUGUGGUGCGGUCGCCGGGCAGGAAGUGACGUCAAUAUUGAAAUAUUUUAUAGCUGCCGGAAGAAGCACUGGACUCGUAACUACCUCACGGGUGACCCACGCCACGCCCGCCGCCGCGUACGCCCACAGUGCGUCCCGGGACUGGGAGAGUGACGCCCUGAUGACGACAAUCACAGGAGGCUGUAAGGAUAUAGCCUACCAGCUGGUAUAUGACAAUAACGACAUACAGGUUGUGUUGGGCGGUGGUAGGGGUCCGUUCCUGCCGGACAGACAAGUGGACCCAGAGACACAGACAGUUGGCUGGACACACAGGAAGGACGGACAUGAUUUGACAGAGAUCUGGAAGCAGAUCCAGAGUUCUAAAGACCGACGUCACAGCUAUGUGUGGAAGAAGGAUCAGUUUGACGCCGUAGAUCCCACAGAUACUGAUUAUCUCCUAGGUCUAUUCGACACAAGUCAUAUUCCUUACGAAAACGACAGGGAUAAGUCUGGAGAAGGUGAUCCAUCCCUGGCAGAAAUGACUAGCAAAGCCAUCCAUAUACUGCAGAAAAAUAAACAGGGUUAUUUUCUUAUGGUAGAAGGCGCUCGCAUUGACCACGCCCAUCAUGACAAUGAAGCUAAACGUGCUCUGACAGAGACGUUGAUGUUUGAGGAAGCAGUGAGCGAGGCUGUACGUCUGACCUCUGAAGAAGAUACCCUAAUUAUCGUCACGGCCGACCACUCCCAUCCAUUCAACAUCGCCGGAUACUCAUAUAGGGGCAAUGACAUUCUCGGUAUAACAAUACCGUACUGGGACGAACCUCCUCUUGAUGGUCUCCCCUACACCACAGUUGUGUACGGCAACGGCCCAGGACGGCGGCCGUUUCAGGACAGGACCAACUAUACAGGGAUCGACACCACUGAAGACAAUUUCAAACAAGAAUCUGCUGUGCCUACCGCAUACGAGACCCAUUCUGCAGAAGAUGUGGGGAUAUAUGCACGUGGUCCUAUGGCGCAUUUACUGCAUGGCGUCCAGGAACAACAUUACAUAGCUCACGUGAUGCAGUAUGCCGCGUGUGUCGGUGAUUUCAAAGACGACUGUGAGCGCCCGGAUGAUCGCAAUUCCAACGGAGGUUACACACUGUCUGUAAAUAUGGUGUUGUUCAUUACGAUCUGUAUGAUUGAGCUACUCGUGAUAUAACUGUAUAUUUCGUGACAUACGAUGAAAUGUGGGUUGUAUGUAUAUUGUUGUAUUUGUUUGGUCCUCUAUGAUAUCGUUAUUUAAAAUAAUGCUAACCCCAUCCAAAUAUAGUGUUAAUGAUAAGCGAAAAAUCAUUAAAACUAACGCUAGUUUCUAUAUGCUAUAUUUCUGUCCAUGAUACAAAUCGCGGGUCACUUCCGGGGUCAUACCGGUUGUUCUUGUUCAUUCAAAUGUGCUGUAAUGUGCUCAACUCUAAGCAGAAAAACCAAAGUGAACAUACAUUGAUCAUAUAGCCAUUUUGGCCAUUAAACCUAAGCAAUGAUAAAAGUAAAAAGGAUGAAAAUGUCUUAAGUGUAGCUAAACAAGUAAAAAUAGUAGUCUAUCGUACAAUAACUUAAUCAUGCGUGUAAAAACCUUUUCAUUGGCCUAAAAAGUUAUGUUAUCAACCCAUAACGUAAAAAAUGACGUCGCCGUUUGUAACGUUGCUUUUGAUUUGCUGAUACAACGGCGUUAUAAUUUCUAAGAGAAAAGAGUCCAUCAAUAAAAGUUGAUUUCCAAAGGGAUUGUGUAUAGUAGAUUAAAUUAUAA